GUCGCACGCGAUGGGUCGCUUCGCCUCCGCGUCGGCCCUCCCGCCGCCGGCGACGGCCGCGGCGGCUCUCAGGUUCGGCGCCGCCGCAUCGCGGGUCCCCCGGGCGCUAGCCCUUACCUACUCCACUCGCCCGUGGCGCCGGCGCCACCUGUGCUCCUCGUCGUCGUCGGCUGGUGGUGGUGGUGCUGCUGCUACGGUGGAGGCGGUGGAGGCGGCGCGGCAAGGGCGGAAGCAGGUGGGCGCGACGCCGCAGCUCUACGAGUACCUCCUCGCCAACGUCCGUGAGCACCCAGUUCUCCGGGAGCUACGCGAGGAGACGGCGGCCAUGAGAGGGAGCCAGAUGCAGGUUUCGCCCACGCAGGCUCAGCUGCUAGCAAUGCUUGCGCAAAUUCUUGGGGCUCAACGAUGCAUUGAAGUCGGCGUCUAUACAGGAUAUUCAUCAUUAGCUGUAGCACUAGCUCUUCCUGAAUCAGGUUGUUUGGUUGCUUGUGAAAGGGAUGGAAGAUGCCUAGAAAUUGCCAAGAAAUACUACCAGCGUGCUGGUGUUGCACACAAGGUUGAUGUCAAACAUGCUCUAGCUGUGGAUACCUUGAAGUCACUAAUUGACCAUGGUGAGGCUAACAGUUAUGACUUUGCAUUCGUUGAUGCAGACAAAAAAACAUAUGAGGAGUAUUAUGAACUUCUGCUUAAGCUAGUAAGAAUCGGUGGUUUGAUUGUAAUAGACAAUGUCCUUUGGUAUGGAAGGGUUGCUGAUCCAUUAGUGAAUGACCUAAAGACAAUCAGUAUAAGGAACUUCAACAAGAAACUUCUGGAAGAUAAUCGUGUCAACAUCAGCAUGGUGCCAAUCGGGGACGGGAUGACUAUUUGUCAGAAGCUAGUGGAUACCUGACUGAACAACAUACUUUCUAGAUCUUGUUAACUUCCCCUGGACUGAUGGCAGCUAAUAUACACCUCUUGACAUCAUAGACGCAGUAAGUCUUGCAUGCCCAAGGGUACCAAUCGCUAUGGAGGCAUAUUGGGAACCAAGAUUAUACCAGAUGCCUAUUGUUGUAUUGAGCAACAAAAAUACUGGCAAGCAUGUUUUUUUGUCCAAAUGCACUUCAGACCUGCCUGCCAUAAGAUGGAGCUGAGCAUGCUAAAUGGAAACUAUGGCUUCAAAGCCCUCAAGCACGAAGCAGACAACGUAUUGGGGUGUUGCCUUGUCCUGUUCAGAUGAAACAGGCCAUGAACUGUUUAUCGAUUGCUUCAUGCUUGCGUGAAGAUGUCUUUGUCAUGUAAAUUUGGGGCAGUUUACUUUUAAUUGUUCAAUAGCGAUCCACAUAUAAAAUACUGGAAAGAACCAUGUUUAGGCAACUGACCCUUAAUAAAGGGGUGAUCACUUGUUUUAUUUAAAAAAAAUGUGAUCCAAUAUUUUU